AUGCUUUAUUAGAAAUCAACACAGAGACAUACUUAUGUGGAGCAUCUAACCGUUCAUUCUGCAUCCAGUUACGGUAGACCACAAAUCAAUAAUGGAAAUAAGAUUCUGUUACCCGCAUCAGCACUUCAAUAAUUAAUCUUUAUCAAACAAAAUGGACCAAUGAUUUUUAAAAUACAAUCAACAUAAUCACAAAAAUUUACAUAUGUUGGAGUCCUUGAGUUUGUGGCAGAAGAAGGCUCUUGCAUUAUACCAGAUUGGUUAUUUGAAAAUAUGAACUUUUUUAAUCGAUGUUGGGUGAUUGUCAGUCUUGAAUAAAGUUUGCCACUUGGAAAGUUAAUUAAGAUCCAACCCCAUGAGACUGCAUUUAUUGAUCUCCCUGAUCCUAGAGCCAUUCUAGAGAAUUAAUUAAGAAAUUACAUCUGCUUAACUUAAGGUGAAACUAUCACCAUUACAUUUAAUAAGAUUAAAUACAUGAUUGAUAUAGUUUCAGUUACUCCAAAAACAGAUAAACUUGCUGUUUGUAUAAAUGAAGCAGAUGUAGAAAUCGAUUUUUUAUAACCAUUAGAUUAUACUGAAGCACCUCCCCAAAAAUUAGUUAAAAACAAUUCCACUCUAGGAAUGGAAUAAGAUUAACAAUAAUAAUAAUCAGCUGUGUUUACUGGAAAAGGAGUUAGAUUAGAUGGCAAAACUGGUGUGGCUUAACCAAGAAAACAAUCUGAGGAUGUUAAGAUUGUUGCUGAACCUUAUAAUCCGAGAAAAAAUAAACUAGUAAAUGGUAUUCGAUAAGCCGAAGAUGUUUAACUUUUUACAGGCACUUGCACUAAGGUUGGAGCUCAAAAGAAAUAACUUUGAGUUCUUUAUUAUUAAUUUGAUAAGUAUAAAUAAUCAAAUUCCUGUUA